UAUAAAAAAAAAAAACAAAAAUGUUAAAAAUCAAUGUUUAAAAAAGAACCUAAACCUGUACAUAAAAAGAGAGUUACAUAUGGAUAAUUUAUUCCUUUGCCGAAUGCUAAAGAAACCGAACCAGAAUGCUCUGUUGAGUUACCUAGUACAUACUAUUAAAAAUUUACGCAGGUAGCUUCAUUUAUGCACAGGAAUAAAGUAAUGUCCAUAUUUAUGAUCAAAGUGGAUGGCGACGGUAUAUGGCAUAGAUCCUUUGUAUACAGCAAUAAAUAAUUCACACACAUUGUUUUUAUGACUCACAUCUGUGUCGAUCAUGUUACAAACAAAUGUUAUCAUGUAAAAUAUUCUUAUCCGUAGAAGUGAGUUAGAUAUAAGAUAUAUGUAGCUGUAAUGUAGUUUAGUCUUACUUCUAUAAAGCAGUUCAGUUUAAGACACGAAGAAGAGCGUUGUUUUUUAUUUUAUCAAUAAAUGGGUGUCUAAUUCUUUAAGCUCGUUUCAUUAAGAAUAUUGUAUUCGGAGAAUAAAAGCUUAUACUAUACACAAAGGCCCAGAUUGAGUAUAAAAAGAUUCAAGCUGAAGAAGCAUUACCUACAAAAUAAAGACUUCUAAACGAGAUCCAAUUGACGGACAGCAAAUCCUAGUGUACUUGGAGGACUGCUUUGUAUUUCUGCCAGGAGAACUUGAAUCAACCUUUGACGAAGAGGCUAUAAAGGUGAUUUACCUAACGUCAGCAACAAUAGCAACAACAACAAUAACAGCAAUAACUACAACAACAAUGGACAAUGAGCGUAUUGAGAUCAUUAGUGACGAUAUCACCAGAACAGAAAAAUUCAAUUUAACUGUCCGAAAAAUCAAUUUUAAGAUUAAACCUGUACCAGAAAACCAAGAACCAAUUUCCUGGAUAUCUGAGAGUAUGGAAGGCGUGUUUAGACAUGGUCUGAAAGGUGUCGAUCCCAAAGAUAAGGUUGGCAUAACCUUUGGUGGGAGUUUUUCACCCGAAAGAGGAAACGGGUCUUUAAGUUUUAGGACGUGUUCUGAUAUUACAUUUGAAGACGUUUGGGAAAUGAUGACUAAAAUAUCCCCGAGGUCAUCAGGUCUUACCACUGAUGAUGAUUUUGUUUUAACGAUAACAUCAGUUAAGAUACCUGCAGGCUUUGGAAGUUAUUGAUUUGAAAUGUUUAAUACAUUUGAAGAGGAAUGAGCUAAAAAAUUCUUAAUUAAAUUAUUCUUUCCAUCUCUAAUAAAUAUGUAUAUUUUUUGUGAAUGUAUUAUUUCAAGUAAUUCUUUAAAAUGAAAAUAGUAUGUUUCUCUGACAAGAUUUUAUAAAGAAUGUAAGAAAUAAUAAACCGUGCAACAUUAA